AUUGUGAGAGUUCAAAGUUCACAUCAAAACGACAACAAUGCAGAAUGUGCUAAUUUACGUUAGCUAGUUUAGUAGAUUGUAGCUAUCGAUAGUUUCUGCCUAUCUCAUUUGACAAAAUGACAUCUUCAUUAACCAAACAAAAUGUGUUGUUUAGGACAUUUAGUCUUGCAUUGACCGGUUUUUCAUUUUAUUCAGUUUCAAACGCUAAAGUUUCAAACAUACCGGCGAUUGCUAAUUAUUUUGGAACGAAAGGCAGAUACGAGGAGGUAAACCCUUACCUCAUUAAUGACAUUCUUUCCGUAAACAAAUCCCUUUUGAAACCGGGAUGUACUGAUUGCACCGCUAUUCAUGUAACCGCUAUUAUUCGGCAUGGUACACGAUAUCCGACUACCAAAAAUAUCAAAAGAAUGCAACGGCUCUACGAUCUUGUUGUAAACGAGGCAACGAACACUGAAAAAUGGCUAAAUGACAUCAAAACCAGGUGGCAAAUGUGGUACACUGACGACAUGGACGGAAAGCUUGUGGAAAAGGGGCGAGAUGACCACAGGCAUCUAGCUGUCAGGUUGGCAACUUUGUUUCCAUCUCUGAUAUCAGAGGAAAACCUCAGGAGCCAUCGUAUCCGUUUCAUCACUAGCUCUAAACACAGAUGUGUGGAUAGCGUUGUAGCUUUCCAAGAGGGCCUGCUCAACCUUUGGAGAGUGGCAGAAGUUGGACUUAGCCACAAGAUCAAUGAUGAGUUGAUGAGGUUCUUUGACCAAUGCCAGAGAUUUGUUGAGGAUGUGGAGAACAACAAAACUGCCCUAGAACAGGUCUACCUUUUCAAGGCCUCAGCAGAUAUGAAAAGAGUCGAAAUGAAUAUUGCUGACCGACUUCAAGUUCCAUACAGUCACAUCACAUCAGAUUUGGUUGAGGCUGCCUUCUUCCUGUGCUCGUAUGAAUUUUCCAUCAAAUCUUUGAACUCCCCAUGGUGCAACCUGUUUGAUGAGACUGACGCCCAAGUGCUGGAGUACAAAAAUGACCUAAAGCAGUACUGGAAGAGGGGUUAUGGUCAUGACAUUAACCGGAAGUCCAGUUGUACUCUCUUUCAUGACCUAUUCAGUCGCCUUGAUCGGGCUGCUCUUGAGAUCAGGUUUGGGCAAGUAUCUGAGGCUGUUACCAUCCAAGUGGGUCAUGCCGAGACCCUCCUGCCGCUUUUGGCGCUUAUGGGCUUCUUCAGAGACGAGACGCCCCUGACUGCCGACAACUUUGACCUGCAACGUGGUCGCACCUUCCGCACCAGCCGCAUCGUGCCAUACGCGGCCAACCUGGUCUUUGUACUGUAUGACUGCAGCGAAGGGCUUCGUCUGCAGUUCCUGCUGAAUGAGACGCCUCUAAAAUUCCCUGGUAUCCACCACCAGGCUCCAUUGUAUGGUACGGUGAGAGAGACCUACAGGGAGCUGCUGCACGGCUGCAAUUUUGAGAAGGAGUGUGAGCUGCCCAGACCUAAUCACAACAAUGAGCUGUAAUUUUGGGACAUGUAACGGCUUGCUCUGCAGGCUUUCGAAGUAUCUAACUUGUAUGCGAGA